AUGCAAUUAUGUCUCAAACACUCGUCGAGAUGUCGAGACAGUCCCUCAUCUGUCACCACACUGUCAACCAAAGCAUCGCAAACAACGUUACGCCAAAUCAUCGCCCCCUUAGAGCCCCCGCAUUGGCUUAACCAACGCAGCCCUUACCCAACGGUAAGUCCCCUCCCCAUCGGUCACGUUCUAGAUGACCAGCACUUCACCACUGAGUUGUCGUCGAGCGGACCAAAUAAACUGCUCGUCAUUGACUUCACCGCCAGCUGGUGUGGUCCGUGUCAGCGAAUCGGUCCCGUCUUUGAGCGCCUCAGCAAUCAGUACACGAGUGGUGUGUUUCUCAAAGUGGAUGUCGAUCUGUGUCCCGAAACGGCCCAAACCUAUAGCGUGGAAGCGAUGCCAACGUUUGUGUUCAUCAAGAAUCGGGUGGUAUUGACGCGAGUCCGCGGCGCCGAUCCCAACGCACUCGAGAGUAAGGUUCGGGAACUGAUUGGUGUGGAGGGCAGCGACGGCGGCGCCGGUGGUCAGGCGGACAGCGGAGUGGCCGGUCAUAUAGAGCUCAACACUUUCAUAAAUAAGGCCCAAUCCGAGUGUCUAAACGAGUCGGACGAUCACUCGUUGCCCGGAUGUCUGACCAGCGGUUCCGGCACUUACCUGGAGUCGGAUUGUGACGAACAGUUGAUUAUAAACCUGGCAUUCAAUCAGCCCUUAAAACUGCAUUCACUGAAGAUAAUGGCCCCCAAAGAGAACGGACCGAAAACUGUGAAACUGUUUAUAAAUUUGCCGAAUUCGCUGGACUUCGAUGAGUCGGAUUCGAUGGAACCGAUCCAAAAGGUGGACUUCACCGCUGAAGACCUCGCAAAUGGGACGCCAAUAGCGUUGCGUUUUGUAAAGUUUCAAAACGUGCAGAACUUAUUGAUCUUCGUGAAGAACAACCAAUCGAAUAGUGAAUUAACUCGAAUCGAUUACCUGUCGCUUAUCGGGUCUCCCGUUUCGGCCACUAAUAUGAAUGACUUCAAGAGAAUUGCCGGAAAGAAAGGCGAAAGUCAUUAAAACAUUACUAUUUUUUAUUGUUUUCCUUUUUUAUAUAACUUAUAAACUAUUGAUUCUAAAAAACAUAAGUUUUAAUGAAAUAACAAUUAAAAUCUAAACUAAAGUUAUAAUUAA